AUGCAGUGGACUGAUCUUGUGAUCGCUGCGGUGCUUGUCGCCAUGGCAUCCACUGAUGUCCUUGCUACAGGCAACAUCGGCGAGAUCUACACGAUGCAGAAGCUCAAUUCGCCAACUUUUGAUAUGCUGGAUGUGAUCCACACUGGCACUGCCGCUGAAGGAGCAAAGGAUGUCUUUCAGUACAACUGUGCCAAACUGAUCAAGCAGAAAGGUGGUGUAACGUAUACGAACCAUUAUAGGCGUAGCAGGUUGCAGGACGACAGAGGCUCCGCCGUCUGUAUCCUUCGCACCACUGCAGCAGACGGCGCGAUACAUCAAGCGCACGUCUCAUCUAUGCCGCCUCGGGCUCCAUUCUUCAGUCUGACUGAGCAGUCAGUUCUCGACGAAGUCCUCAAGAGUAUUGGAUGGAGCUUCGGGGAUACUGCUUGA